CAGAUCGAGGCCGAAGUUCCUUGUUGGGUGACCCACACUCCAUUGCAGGGGCCAUGGAGGAGGAGGGGCAGCAGAGCCUGAAGUGUAUCCAGGCCAAUCAGAUCUUCCCCAAGAAGUCCCCUGUCCUGGAGGAAGAAAACUUGCAGGUGCCCUUUCCUGAGCUGCACGGGGAGUUCACAGAGUAUGUGGGGAGAGCAGAGGACGCCAUCAUCGCCAUGUCCAACUACCGCCUGCACAUCAAGUUCAAAGAGUCUGUUGUCAAUGUCCCCCUGCAGCUGAUUGAGUGUGUGGAGUGUCGGGAUAUGUUCCAGCUUCACGUCACCUGUAAGGACUGUAAAGUAGUCCGGUGUCAGUUCUCCACCUUUGAGCAGUGUCAGGAGUGGCUCAAACGCCUCAAUGCCAUAGUGCACCCUCCCUCUCGCUUGGAGGACCUCUUUUCCUUUGCCUUCCAUGCUUGGUGCAUGGAGGUGUAUGCUGGAGAGAAGGAGCAGCACGGGGAGCUGUGCAGGCCAGGAGAACACGUGACCUCAUGGUUCAAGAACGAGGUGGAGAGGAUGGGGUUUGACACUCAGAAUGCUUGGAGAAUCUCUGACAUCAACAGCAAGUUCAGGCUUUGCCCCAGCUAUCCUCAGCAGCUCUUGGUGCCAGCUUGGAUCACCGACAAGGAGCUGGAAAAUGUGGCUGCCUUCCGCUCCUGGAAAAGGUUUCCUGCUGUGAUUUAUAGACACCAAAGCACAGGAGCUGUGAUCGCCCGCUGUGGCCAACCAGAGGUCAGCUGGUGGGGCUGGAGGAACGCCGAUGAUGAACACUUGGUCCAGUCCAUUGCUAAGGCCUGCGCUGUGGACAGCUGCUCCCACAAACACCUCCCCAACGGAAGCUGUUCCAACGGAGCAGCCCUGCCCGAUACAGAUUUUGAAUCCUCUAUGACCAACAGCUCUGAAGUGGAGACACUGGCCAUCCAGCCCCACAAGUUACUGAUCCUGGAUGCCCGGUCCUAUGCUGCAGCAGUAGCAAACAGAGCCAAGGGGGGAGGCUGUGAAUGUCCAGAGUACUAUCCCAACUGUGAGGUGGUGUUUAUGGGAAUGGCCAACAUCCACACCAUUCGCAAGAGUUUCCAGUCUUUGCGUUUCCUCUGUACUCAGAUGCCUGAUCCCGCCAACUGGCUUUCUGCACUGGAGAGCACCAAGUGGCUGCAGCACCUAUCCCUGCUUCUUAAGGCGGCCCUGCUGGUGGUCAAUGCAGUGGACCGAGACCACAGGCCCGUCUUGGUGCAUUGCUCCGAUGGCUGGGACCGCACACCUCAGAUUGUGGCUCUGUCCAAACUACUUUUGGACCCUUACUACCGCACCACUGAGGGCUUCCAGGUUUUAGUGGAGACAGAAUGGAUGGACUUUGGCCACAAGUUUGCUGACCGCUGUGGUCACGGAGAAAACUCUGAGGACCUGAAUGAGCGCUGUCCUGUCUUCCUGCAGUGGUUGGACUGUGUUCAUCAGCUGCAGAGACAAUUCCCAUGCUCCUUUGAGUUUAACGAGGCCUUUCUGGUGAAGCUGGUGCAGCACACCUACUCCUGUCUGUUCGGCACCUUCCUGUGCAACAGUGGUAAAGAACGGGAGGACCGCCACGUUCAGGAGAGGACCUGCUCAGUCUGGUCACUGGUCAGACCAGCCAACCGUUCGCUGAGGAACAUGCUGUACUCCUCUCACUCAGAUUCCGUUCUCCACCCAGUCUGUCAAGUACGGAACCUGAUGUUGUGGACAGCAGUUUACUUGCCUAGCUCUUCCCCGACCACCCCCUCUGAUGACUCCUGCGCCCCCUAUCCAGUGCCCGGUGCAAACUCGGAGGAUGCGCCCCUGGGCAGGCGUACCAAAACUCGAUCUUUUGACAACUUGCCCAGUGCGUGUGAGCUGGGAGGCUUGCUGGCUCCCAACCGCCGUUCCAGUGAUCCGAGCCUCAAUGAGAAGUGGCAGGACCACCGGCGCUCUCUGGAGCUCAACAUAGCAGUGGGGCCCGAGGGAGGGGGCAAUCAGGAUCCAGAGGUGCAGCCUAAUGGAGAGGGCUCUUUUUCAGAUGGACUGGACGAUGGCAUACAGUCGCAGGAACCCCAGGCUGUGCUCAGACAGAAUUUCUCUGUGGAGUCCGCCGGAGAGGAUACAGAGGAGGCAGAGCUCUCUGUGGCCAUGGGUGUUGCUGAGGGCCAAAUGGAGAAUAUUCUGCAGGAAGCCACAAAAGAGGAAGCGGGAGCAGAUGCACAGGGGGAAAGAAGUGCUGCUCCGUCCAAUGUUGUUAUUGUUGCGGACGUCAAAGUCAACACUGAUGUAAAUGCUGAGGAGGAGCAUCAGGUCACAAUUACCAAUGGGUCUGAGAGGCAGAGAGAAAUCCUUGCUAAUGGUUACCUUCCUGAAGAUGGUGUAACAGAGGCAGAGGAGGAUGGUGACUCUGCCCCUCUACCUCCACAGAACGAAGAGGGACUUAAGCAGGCUGCUGAGGGGACUCCAGAGGGUCUGGUGAAGGAGAACGUAAAGGUUCAAGAGGAGCCAGAGCAUGGCCUCAGUAAGUCCAGCUUCGGUAAACCAGAGCAACCUGCAGUCCAAAGAACUAUAAUUAAUGGCUUUGUGGACAGCCCCCCUGAGGAGCUGGGCAUAGACGAGUCCUGCUCUGUUGCUGAAUUUGGACAUGCUGUCUCGGAGCCAGGGGAGCAGGUGGGUAAGGGGGCUUCCCUGAUGGAGAGCUCCACAGAGACUUUAACUGAAGAAGCCUGCAGCAAAUCGGACAGCCCCGCACAACAAACUGUUUAUUUAAGCCAUCAGCCCUGCAGUGAUGGCAGGAGCCAACACACUUGCUCCAUGAAAGUGAGAGGGGUGGAGACAGGUGAGCACAGCUUCAGCAGAACUUUAAACGGGGGCAGCAAGCAAACCUCCGUCAGUGCCUUUCAGUCUGCAAGUGCUGAGCUCAGCAGAGAUGGGCUGUGUAAUGGGGACACCUCUGAUGGAGACCACUGUGUAGGACCUCACUGGUUGAAAGGAAACGGGGAGAGGGCUACUCUGAGUCGACAAGUGUCCCUAGCAAGUUGCAACUCCUUGAUCCUUCAUCUUCGAGGCAGCUGCUCUCAGCAUCGCUGCUGCCAUGCCGUGCUGAGCAAGACCACCGUCAGCCCUGAGCAGCCGUCUCGAAGCCACCUGGAUGAUGAUGGGCUGACUCUGCACACAGAUGCUAUCCAGCAAAGGCUGAGGCAGAUUGAGGCAGGGCACCAGAUGGAGGUGGAGACUCUGAAGAAGCAGGUACAGGAGCUGUGGAGCCGCCUGGAGAAUCAACAGCAUGCCAACUCCCACAGGAUUAAUGGAGACGUGGGAGACGAGGUGACCUCAAUGAUAGACUCAGAGUACAGCUGCGAUCCAAACUGUUUGUCACGCUGCAGCACAGAACUUUUCUCAGAAGCCAGCUGGGAGCAGGUGGACAAGCAGGACACUGAGGUCACUCGGUGGUACCCUGAUCAUUUGGCUGCACAUUGUUACGGCUGUGAAAGCAGGUUUUGGCUUGCUACCAGGAAACAUCACUGCAGGAACUGUGGUAACAUAUUCUGCGCCAGCUGUUGCGACCAAAAGACACCAGUGCCAAGCCAGCAGCUGUUCGAGCCCAGCCGUGUGUGCAAGAACUGCUACAGCAGCCUCCAGGUCAGCUCGGCUCCUCUAGACCUGGAGCUGGAGACGCCCAUCGCCGCCAGCUCCAACUGAGGAGCACCCAACCAGAGCGCAGGAGAGCUGGGCCGAGCUGCUGACGCAAGCGCACGGGAGCUACGCACAUUGUCCCAUAUGCUUUGAUUGAUUGUGUGCUGCUGAGAUGCAAUUUAAAGUAAAUGUACAGAGGAUGGUGUGCUCGCAGAGUAUUCUGAAGGGUGUGAGUGAGUGAGUGAGUGAAAGAAAGGGUUAGCAGCAGCGAUGGAACUGCACUCCAAGGACAGAGGAGCAAAGAAUGGAGUAUGUGGGGUUUAAGAGCAGGCACUCUAGUCACGUCUCUUCACAUGAUAAAGGUUUGUGUGGUCUGUGCCCCACACACACACACACACACACACACACACAUUUUAAUUCAACCCACUGAGGACCAUCAUGCCUGUUAGGAGCUCUGAUGUUUCUGUAGAGGUGGACAAUGAAUCAGUGUCCCACUGGUACAAAAUGUGUCACAGAUGUUGUGAAGAUAAAAACGCGUCAACAGGUCAGUUCACCCAAACGACCAAAGAAGAAGAAGCCGAAUAUAAAAAGUCAGGAAUUUGAAGGAAAACGAACUUUAGCAAGAGUUUGAUAUAUUUAUUGGGACCGGCUGUUUAAAGUCCAGAUCCACAGCCUUCUGUCUCAAGUUCUUCAGACUGGAUCAUUGGGUCCAGGGAUGAUUGUGUUUCUUCUUUAUCUGGAUUGAGUGAACUGAUCUGGUGUCAGUCCUCACUGACAUUCUUGUCCAUAUGUUUUGUCUAAAACGCCAACAGACGUUGAGAUGAAGUCCACAGUGAGGAGAGGUUCGACCCACCGUACGUUAACACUUUGGGGUUAUUUAAAGUACCACCGUUAUUUUACAAGAUCUGACAACAAGUAGUUUCUCUAGCAGAGCGUCUGGUUGAGGCUAGCUGGCAGUUGUUGUUCGCAUGCGGAGGCUCCACAAGGUCUUGCCAUGUUGGUGAUGUCUCCAGCCUCUAGUGGCUCGACGUCCUGUCUGGAUUUAUUCAGAACAAUCUGUGGGACCGACUCUUUCUCCUAAUGAGCAUGAAGUCGUUGCCGUGUUGCUCUAACUCCUCUCAGUUGUGUCGUGGGCGUCUCCACCCUGUCGGAGCAGAAGCUGUAUUUAGAGCCCUGUAGCAUGUGAGGCUCAGUUUCCAGGUCCAGAACCAGUCGUGUUAACAAACAGCUCCACAUCUGCCUGACUGGAUCUCAGACGUGCACUCCAGCAGAUCAGACCAUGAGUGCAGGGUUGGCUGCAGAGAAAGAUGAAGUUCAGCGUGCAGUGUAGGAAGCUGUGCACUAAAAAUCAGAUUGGAGUUUUGAAACGUGGCCUCCUGACUCACUGGCCACAGACACUCGGGGUUCAGUGAGACUCUGUAUUUUGCUAUUUUAAAUGUUUGCAUCAGUGCCAGCUGAGUAAGAUGUUUCAUUUGGAAGACUGGAGACGAUUGAAUCUCUAUGGUCUGAUACUUUUCUGCCUGUUUGUUGGCAGAGUGGAUGUGAAGACCCCAGACAAGAUGCAGGUAGUUCAUCACCUUUACGCCCUGGACUCUCAGCACUCCGUAGAUUAAUAAGCUUUUCACCUGCUGGCACUGGGAGCUGGACACGUGUCCACUCCUCUGCUGGAAGUCAGAUUUAGAAGAUGGACUCCUGGUUCACCCUUCUCUUAGAUUUCCAAGCUUGGAGGACGUCAGCGGCAGCAGAAAGGGCUCUUCUCGUUUUCCUAAAAGUCUGUAAAGUCACAAGAGCUCGGUCAGUGAGACGUUCAAUGACCUCCUUGCACACACACCGACGACGCGCACAGUUUUUUUGUAAAGUAAAUGAAUAAAAUAAUAUAUUCAGAUAUCUAUAUAUAGCAUUUAAGAAAACUGUAUAGAAUCCUGAAGUAGUGGCUCUUAUUCAGUCACUUCUUUAUUUUCUUUGUUUUCUGUUCAUAGUUGCAGGAAAAAAAACAAAAAAACAUAUAUAUAUAUAUAUAUAUAUAUAUAUAGCAGCCUGUUGUUGGAGACAGCAGGUGUUUUGAUAGAAAAGCAGGUUGUCCUGUUCUGAUGCUGCAGUGGUUUUUCUUUUUUUAAUGAGAUCUUGA